AUGGCGCCCGAGGACCAAGAGCACAUGACUUUCAUCACCGAUCUAGGGGUGUAUUUCUACAAAGUCAUACCGUUCGGGCUCAAGAAUGCCAGCGCUACCUAUCAGAGGUCCGUGAACAAGAUGUUCACCCCACAGAUCGGGCGAAACGUCGAAGUAUAUGUCGACGACAUGAUUGUGAAAAGUCGCGUGGCGGCCGACCACCUGACCGACUUGGCCGAGACAUUCUCCACACUCCGGAGGUAUGGCUUGCGACUUAACCCGGUGAAGUGCAUUUUCGGCGUCAGUUCGGGAAGGUUCCUCGGAUUCAUCGUGCAUGAAAGAGGAAUCGACGUGAAUCCGAAAAAGAACCCCAAGGACUUCCGGUGGACGGCGCAGUGUGAAGAGGCUUUGGGACAGAUCAAGCAGCACUUGGCCAGCCUCCCCCGCCUUGCCUCUGUUACUCCCGAGGAGAAGCUCAGCGUCUACCUAGCCACCUCCCAGCAUGCGGCUCACCCGAUUGAGGUAAUAACUGACCAGCCGCUUCGGCAGGUUCUGUCUAAGUUUGAUGUCACAGGACGACUUCUCAAGUGGUCGAUAGAACUCGAAGAAUUUGACAUACGUUACGUCCCGAGGACUGCUAUCAAGGCCCAGUCCGUGGCCGACUUCAUCGCGGAACUGGUAGAAGACGGGAAUGGAAGCUCCGAGCAAUCAGAGGAGGCGUGGGACCUGCAUGUGGACGGCUCGGCUACCUCUAGCAGCGCCGGCGCGUGGUUGGUACUCUUGGCCCCCGACGGACGCUCGUUCGAACGCUCCUUCCGCUUCGGCUUCCGGGCAACCAACAAUGAAGCCGAGUAUGAGGCGCCCUUGGUAGGACUCAAGCUGGCCCUUGAAAUGCAGGUGGACGCCAUCCAUGUCUUCACUGACUCGCAGCUCAUCGCCGAGCAGCUCAGCGGUGGAUACGAAGCCAGGGAACCGACCAUGACAAAGUACUUGGUGGAGGUAAAAAGCCUAGCCUCCAACUUCUCCCACUUCACAAUAUCCAGGGUGCCGAGGAGCCAAAAUGAACGAGCCGACGAGUUGGCGAAGAUGGCUUCAGGACCAGAUCACGGAAACUGCCCCGAGGUCAAAGAGCUCCCAUUCCGCGCUAUCUCGGUUUCGGCUAUAACUCCUGCCGAAGCACGCGCCACGUGGGUAUAG